AUGGUCAAGUUUCAACCCAACACUGACCACAAGAAUGUCAAACUAUAUGAUACCACUCAAAAGAAACAUAUUACAUUUGAAGAUCAAGACAAUGCUUCACCCAAAAAACGAUCUCAACCUGAUCAGCCACUGAUCAGCAGCAGUAACAAACGAUCAAAAUCUAUUAUAGAUCUACCAUCGACAAAAGGAAUAACAACGCCUAGCAGAACGAAACCAAAAAAAUCAUCAAAGACACGUGCCUACCUCGAUCAAGUCAACCGACCCAUGAAACAGAAAGUAGCAAAGACAGAACAAGACCGUCAAGCACAACUCCAAGCCCGUGGAUUAGCUAAACGAGAUGCCAAAAGACAAAAGAUGAAGGAACGACGUCGAACCAAGAAACUAGCCAAGGUUAUUGAUGGUGUCCAAGUACAAGUCCCGGUUUUUCAUUUUACUCCUGACAAGAUAAGGCAUCCUCUCAAGGUCGUCGAUCUACGCAAUUUUAUUUUGUAUUGUUUGACCACUGGCCCAGUUCCCAAGUUUGCUCAUAUCACCCGUUCCUCUUGUGUUCAACGUAUGGUUGUUAUUCAUAGUAUGGGUUUAGAUAUCACUUCUUUUGGAGCUCCUUUGUCUCGUGUCAAUGUACCACAUACAAUACCGUUGGCCUCUGUCGAUCCUAAAACCGCCAUUGGAAAAGCAAAUAUGCCAUUCUUGGUCUCCCACAUGUCCCAUAUGUUGGUUUACAAACUCUCUUCCUCUUUUUCAGGUGUCGUUCUGAAUCCUCUCUCUGAACUUUUACAGUGUCCAGUAUCAUGGUCUCAAAGGGAAAAAAAUUAUGCAGAGAUGAAAGAAAAACUUGAACAAAGUGAUGUGGAUCGAAAUGAAUUACAUAUGCUUAGUCUAAAGGAAUUACAAGAUGGUGGAUAUCCCAUUCCUCCUUUUUUGGAUCCAACUAGUACUUUACCUGAUGGAUGGAAAGAAACAAAACCGGCUAUUCAACCAAUAGAAAAGAAACGAUUGAUCGCUGUAGAUUGUGAAAUGGUAUUAACUGCUAGUGGAAGCUCUCUUGCACGUGUAUCAUUAUUGGAUGAAAAUGGACAAGUGUUAUUGGAUGAAUAUGUUUUACCGGAUGAACCUAUUUUGGACUAUUUGACAGAAUUCUCUGGGAUUACGAAAAAGAUCAUGGAUGAAACAACAUGUUCUUUACGCCGUGCUCAAAAACAUUUUCGAAAAUUAGUAGAUCAUAAUGUUAUACUGAUUGGUCAUAGUUUGGAUUCUGAUCUUAAAGCUUUACAAGUAGCUCAUCCUUACUGUGCAGAUACAGCCCUCUUAUACGAUAGCAAACGUGGACCUCCUUUUCGACCAGCUCUACGAUCCUUGGCUAAACAUUAUCUCAAACGCAACAUUCAAGAAAACGAUCUUAAUCGUACGGGAUUAGGCCACAAUUCGGCAGAAGAUGCUCGGGCGACGAUGGAUCUAUUCAAACUCAAGGUACAACGUGGUUUCUCAUUUGGACGUAUCUCUAAAAAUAUUGAACUUGUUUUCAAUCGACUGGCUCAAUCAACACCACCUAUGCAAGGGAUGAUCUUGGAAACAAACAAUACUGGCACUCAAACAUUCCAAUCUUCAUUGGGUUCCAAGUACAAGAAAUUCGCAUCUGAUGAGACUUUGGUGGAUAGUUUGGUGGAAGGUAUGAACAAUGAUCAAAACUUUAUCUUGGCGCAAUUCGAGCCCAUCAAACAUCUGGAUGAAGACGAACUAGAAGAUCAACCUCCAACUGUGAUAUCCAAUACUUCAACAAAUGAUCCUAUCCUAGCUCGAAAACUAGCAAAGUUUGACGAUAAUCUCAAAAAGUGUUAUGAAGCCAUUCCUGAAAAUACAGUUGUAGUUGUCAUGGGUGGUAUUGGUGAUGUGCCAACCUAUCGAAGGUAA